AGCAUCCCCCAUCAUGCAACACCACUUUGCGUUGUUGUGCACUUCCGUUUAGCUCGGAAGAUAGCUGGACAAGCGGUCAAAUAUUUUACUGAUGUAUAUAUGUAAAAUCGUAGCAUAAUUGUUUAGAUACGUGCUAUUCUGUUACACCCUGGACCAUAUUUAGUAACCGACAAUGAUCCGCUUCAUCCUCAUCCAGAACCGAGCAGGGAAAACACGACUGGCCAAAUGGUACAUGCAGUUUGAUGAUGAUGAGAAACAGAAGUUGAUCGAGGAAGUGCAUGCUGUGGUGACGGUCAGGGAUGCCAAGCACACCAACUUUGUGGAGUUCAGGAACUUCAAGAUCAUUUACCGGCGUUAUGCUGGUCUGUACUUCUGUAUUUGUGUGGACGUGACUGAUAACAACCUGGCAUACCUCGAAGGAAUCCACAACUUUGUAGAGGUGCUGAAUGAAUAUUUCCACAACGUGUGUGAAUUGGACCUUGUGUUCAACUUCUACAAGGUUUACACGGUGGUGGACGAGAUGUUCCUGGCAGGAGAGAUCAGGGAAACCAGUCAGACCAAGGUGCUCAAGCAGCUCCUCAUGCUGCAGUCGCUGGAGUAAAAAACAGAAACCCAUUCUCCCUACCUACCCACCUAUCUGCUGCCCUGGUACCUAAACCAUCCUACUCCUUGUUCCUGUCACUCUGGAAAUCCCUUUCCUGUCCCUAUGGAGCAGACUUCACUCUUACAAAACUUCAGGACGGCUGUUUUUAGAAAUAGAAUGCACUAUAUUGAUUACAUAUGGAUAGAUGAUAUGGAAGUUCCAGUAACCUGUUUGUAACAGCGUUCUAUAUGUUGCAAUAUUCUGCAUUUGUUGUACUUCAAAUGAAGCCCCCAAGUUUUAAGAGGCUCUACAUUUCAACAUGUUAACCUUUCAUUAUGUUAGCAUUUCAUAUACCGCCUUAGUUACAAUCCUCUUUAGCCUCUGUUCACCGCCCCCCUCCUGGCCUUCUCCUCCUUUCUUUAUUAACAUUGACUUCAUUUAAUGACACUACUUUAACUAACAAGCACCACAUAUAAAGAGCCUGAAACAGCCCGGCAGCCAUUACUAUAAAGACAGACCUUGCUUGUGAUGCAGAUUUAUCCAUCUAUCUGGUUCACAGUACAAGCAAACCAUAACUAGCAAAGCCCUUCAGAGCAAUUGAGCCUCAACGGGAAGUUCAUAAUUGAAUGGAAUGUACUCAGGAUGAGUGUCAUUGUGAAGGUUUGUUAUGGUAACUUGUGCUGUCAUCUCAUGGCCAGUGAUGAAUAACGGUGUACCCUAUGUUAGCUCAGAUAGCUGCGCUCCAGAUGUGGUAAUUGUUUUCACUGCAUAGAAAAACGAUCGUGAUAAUUUGAUGCUACUCGUGGUGCUCGUUGGUCACUUACACACCCAAUCAGAAGGAAAUAUAGACCUUGACGUAGGAAGUGUAUUUUACAUUAAAGCAGUACUGUGAAGUUUGCUUUGUAUGGUGUGUACGUACAUUGUCUCUGGCGUAUGUUGAAUAUUAUGAAAAUUACAAAUGCAUUCCAGAAAGAGUUGUUCUUGCUCUCUAGAUCUGAGGAGUAUGUAUAAAAUCAAUAAUUCCUUUGCCAUUGGUGUAAAACAAAUUGGCUUUUAAAAUACUCCUCCAAGCCUUAUGAACGUUGAGAAGGAAAAAAAAGAAGCUACUUUAAUGCAUUUCCCUUUGCUGGACUUCAAUGUUUGACAUUUAUUUCAUACUCUAAUUUUAUUAUAUCCAGUCACGAAGGUGGUUACAAAUGUUACUGUGGUUGAACUUUUGUAUUUUUUUUUUUUUAAUGAUUAGGCAAUUGUGAAAUAUGUAAUGCUUCCUUUACCCCCCUGUGAGUUUGUUGAUGGAAGAUGUGUGAUUGUUUGUAUUACUGUCUCUAGUUCAACUACCCUCAUCAAUAUGUCCCAUUAUAUGUAAAUAAUAAAAAAUAAACAGAUGAAGUGAUACAUGAUUAUCAA